CAUCCUCGCAGUGUAAGUGAAGACCCGGCGUCUUAACACACCAAUCUACACAGACACGGAGUUAUUUCCCACAAACUGUACAACACUGAAGAGUGAGCUGAGUCUUCUUUGCCUUCGUGAUGACCGACCCCUUGACUCGACUGUUACUGGUGUUGAUGCUGACCGUCUCCUGUACACCCACACCUCAGAAUUCAGCUGACCACAGUGACUAUGUUGACUAUAGUCAGUAUGGUGACGGUGAUACGUCAUAUUACUACGAUACCGUUCAUGAUAUUCCACAAGCUAAUAUUGGUGGAAUUGACGCAGUAGCACCAAACUCGGGAGCGUUGAUUAGUGCUCCUCCAGGCAACACAAACCGCCCUACAAUUGUGUUCGGUCCCAGACCCAUACAAAGGCGGCCUUUCUGGUUCACUCGAAACCCGACCAACCCGUUCAACACACAGAGGAUCAACCCGUUCAACACACACAGGACCAACCCGUUCAACACACACAGGACCAACCCGUUCAACACACACAGGACCAACCCGUUCAACACACACAGGACCAACCUCAGCAACUAGUGAGGCCCUACAGUAAAAAUACAACGCAAAAAGCACAUCCCAACCACUCACCAGUCCCAUUAAACACCCAAUAGCAGUCAACCUUUACUUAACUAACCUAACCUAAUCAACUAAUACUUUCAAUAUACUGUACACCGCCCCCAUGUCAUAUGAACAAUGUAUACCACCCAAUAUCAUGUAGUGAACAAUGUACAGUCCUCCAUAUUAGUGGCUCGUCAGGUUUUGUGUUGUGUGGCAGGGCUGAGUUUGGUUAUAGGAAACUCGCAAUAAAAAUGAAAAUACAAAUAUUAAAAAAUAUAUAUAAAUGUAAAUAUUUGUGAAAUGUUUGUAUGUUAAAUAAAAAAUGCAUUAGAUACACUGUUUUUAGAUCGUAUCUUUUGCCCAGUGGACGAUGUAUAGCCAGGUGAAGUGACGUGGGGUGGGAGGGUGGUCAGCAGGGAGGUAAGUGGAAAUAGGUGCCCCUCUACCUACAGUAAUUGAGGCUUAAAUUUACAUCUAUCAUAUUUAUUACUUCCCUGUCUCCUAUAUUAUGCAGAUAGCAUUUAUACUGCUCAUGUUAAACUUUGGCCACAGUGUGAAGAAGAGGAAGUUUGAAGUUAAUUGCAGUGAUUCAGUACUGUAUUCACAUGUGUUUGUUGCUUGCUAUACUAAUACUAUACUAACAGAGUAAAUAAAGCAUUUAAUAAUAA